GAAGUGAAGAAACGUCUGAAGGAGAAAGGGGGGCUUCACUAGCUAAAUGAACUGAUGUAAACCUUCGUCCUGUCCUCACGCGCACACGUCCGCUGCUUAUCCUGACCGGCGACGUGAAUUCACCUUUUUAUCGGGACGUUUCGUGAGAGAAUGGCAGGGAAGGUGCUGGUCACAGGUGGAGGAGGCUACAUUGGGAGCCACUGUGUGUUGGAGCUCAUUGAAGCAGGUUACCAGCCGGUCGUGGUCGAUAACUUCAGUAACGCUCACAGAGGAGAAGGGGAUGUUCCAGAGAGCAUACGUAGGGUAGAGAAGCUCCUGGACACCAGCAUUGAGUUUCAUGAACUUGAUCUUUUGGACCAAACUGGCUUGGAAAAACUCUUCAAAAAGCAUUCUUUCAGUGCGGUGAUACACUUUGCUGGACUGAAGGCGGUUGGGGAGUCAGUGGAGCAGCCUUUACGCUACUACAGAGUCAAUCUCACUGCCUCCAUGAACCUGCUUGAGGUGAUGCAGGCUCACAGGGUGCACAAUCUGGUCUUCAGCAGCUCAGCCACGGUGUACGGAGACCCUCAGCACCUUCCCAUCGACGAGCAGCACCCUGUGGGCGGCUGCACCAACCCCUACGGCCAGACCAAGUACUUCAUUGAGGAGAUGAUCAAAGACCACUGUAAAGCCGAGAAGGACUUUAAUGCAGUGCUGCUGCGUUAUUUCAACCCAAUUGGAGCUCAUUCCUCUGGGCAGAUCGGAGAGGACCCUCAGGGUAUCCCCAACAACCUGCUGCCAUAUGUUGCCCAGGUUGCCAUUGGGAGAAGAAAGUGCCUCAGUGUGUUUGGGAAUGAUUAUGACACAAUUGAUGGGACAGGUGUGCGAGAUUAUAUCCAUGUCGUUGAUCUGGCAAAGGGACACAUAGCAGCUCUGAAGAAGCUCAAGGACAACUGCGGCUGCCAGGUUUACAACCUGGGAACGGGUACUGGCUACUCGGUGCUCCAGAUGGUGAAAGCCGUGGAGAAAGCGUCAGGGAGAGAGAUCUCAUACAAAAUUUCUCCGCGUCGGGAAGGAGACAUAGCAUCCUGCUACGCCGACCCUCGUCUAGCUGAGAAGGAGCUGGGCUGGAAGGCCCAUUUUGACCUGGAAAGAAUGUGCGAGGACCUGUGGCGCUGGCAGUCCAUGAAUCCCACUGGAUUUUCCAAUGGCUCGGCCUCUUGAUGCAGCUCCCGCCGUUUGUUAUUGUUAAAUCUUUGUCCAAAUCACCGGGACACAGCCACCAUCAGCGUCCUCAUUUUUGCAUAUCAUAUAAACACCAAUAUUAGACCGAAUGCUUUGUUUCGUUAUGUUUAAUUUAGUCUUUGUUCCAUAAUAAUGGUUCUUAUUUACUGUUUAUACUAGAAUAAACCUGUCCCUCUGA